GUUUACUAUUUCCUCGUCGCUACCAAUUUCAGUUCUGGGUCUCUUCGUUUCCAUUUCUGAUUCCUGAUUCCUCGUAUCAACAUCAUCGUUGGGUCCUUGUUGGUUUCCAAAGAUGGCCCCACAAACCAGAAGAACGUCUUUUCCGAAAGUUGUCAUAGAGAGAGACUCCGACUCUGAACCCAGCUCGUCAGAAGAAGAAGAAGAAGAAGAAGAAGGAGAAGAAGAUGUAGACAACCGAGAAGAAGAAGAAGCGGAAAGAGGGGAAAACGAAGAAGGGGAAGAGGAGAAAGCUUUGGAGAACAAAAACGGAGAGAGAACGGCAGAAGGUUUGGAUGCGAAGAAGAAAGGCAAAGCGCCCAUUACUCUUAGUCUUAAGAAAGUUUGCAAAGUUUGCAAAAAGGCGGGUCAUGAAGCGGGAUUCAAGGGGGCUACUUACAUAGACUGCCCAAUGAAACCUUGCUUUCUCUGCAAAAUGCCCGGCCACACUACAGUGACAUGCCCGCAUCGGGUGGCUACUGAGCAUGGGGUCAUCCCUGCACCCCGCAGAUCUACCCGUAACCCAUUGGAAUAUGUCUUUGAGCGCCAGCUCAGACCAGACAUUCUUCCGAUCAAACCGACAUUCGUAAUCCCAGAUCAGGUGAAUUGUGCGGUUAUAAGAUAUCAUAGUAGACGGGUAACAUGCUUGGAGUUUCAUCCUACCAACAAUAACAUCCUUUUAUCUGGAGAUAAGAAAGGACAAGUUGGAGUCUGGGAUUUUGCCAAAGUGCAUGAAAAGAUGGUUUAUGGAAAUGUACACUCUUGUAUCGUGAAUAACAUGAGAUUCAACCCUACAAAGGAUGAUUCGGUAUAUGCUGCGUCCUCAGAUGGAACCAUUAGUUGCAUUGACAUGGAGACUGGAAUUUCAUUAUCUCUGAUGAACCUUAAUCCUGAUGGGUGGCAGGGUCCAAGCAGUUGGAGGAUGCUCUAUGGCAUGGAUGUCAACUCAGAGAAAGGCCUUGUGCUUGUUGCUGAUAACUUUGGUUUUCUCUACUUAGUGGAUACUCGCUCUAACAACAAAAUUGGGGAAGCAGUUUUGAUCCAUAAGAAAGGAAGCAAAGUUGUUGGACUCCACUGCAAUCCUGUUCAGCCAGACCUCCUUUUGAGCUGUGGAAAUGAUCAUUUUGCUCGUAUAUGGGAUAUGCGUCGAAUGGAAGCUGGAUCUUCCCUCUAUGCGCUUGCACACAAGCGAGUUGUUAACUCAGCAUAUUUUUCUCCAUUGUCAGGCAGCAAAAUCCUAACUACAUCGCAAGACAAUCGCCUUCGUAUAUGGGAUUCUAUAUUUGGUGAUUUGGACUCUCCAAGCCGAGAAAUUGUGCACAGUCAUGAUUUUAAUCGACAUUUGACUCCUUUUAGAGCUGAAUGGGAUCCAAAGGAUCCAUCAGAAUCUCUGGCAGUUAUUGGUCGUUACAUUAGUGAAAAUUAUAAUGGAGCUGCCUUACAUCCUAUUGAUUUCAUAGACAUCAGCACAGGACAGCUAGUUGCUGAGGUCAUGGAUCCAAACAUCACAACUAUUAGUCCGGUGAACAAGCUACAUCCACGUGAUGAUGUUUUGGCGACUGGUAGUUCAAGAUCGCUCUUCAUAUGGAGGCCUAAGGAAAAGUCUGAGCCUGUGGAACAGAAGGAUGAACGGAGGAUAAUUGUUUGUGGAAGAGCUGAGAAGAAGCGGAGUCGAAAGUUUGGGGAUGAAAGUGAUGAUGAUUUUGAUGAUGACAAAUUCACCUCCAAGAGCACGAAGCUGAAGUCCAAUAAACCUGAAAGGAAUUUAACCCGCUGUUCUAAUAAGGUCAAACGGUAAUAUAAUGCAAAAUGUGAACUUUCAUGCCCCUUUUUGGUUUUGGUGCUGAGAGUGGAUUUUGAAGCAUUCAUCUUUAUCUUCCAUCUCGGGAGAACUUUCCGAGCUGUUCUUGAAGCUUUCCAUAGGCCAUCUCUGUACAGAGAGCUAUUUUGCCACCUUUUGCUUAGCCUUUCAGGCAAAAGCGUUUUUUAUUUCUUACCCGGUGCGGACUUCAGCAUCUUUAUUUUGCUUUACAUUAUGCAAUUCCUUUUGGUUCAGUGUAAAAUACUAACUGGGGUGCAUCCAUGCAUGCAGCCUCUUGGGUAUGUUGUUUCAGCAUGUUGGAUUGUGCAUCACUUUUAAUAUUUUACGUAUAAAUGUAUGAGUUUUGCUACACAAC